AUGAAAUUCCAUGACAUGAAUGCCUUGACCCCGAUCGCUCUGAGCGCACCCACCCCAGAUGAUCAGCUGAACGCCACUGAUCCCCAUAUCGCCAAACGGGAUGGUCAGGUCUUAUGGGGCGGAUACUACGGUCCACAACCCAGUGAAAUAAAGGGCUCGAAACUCGAUAACGAUUGGUUCCUGUGUGGCGCAGCGAGUAUCUCAAGGAUUGAUCCAAAUGCCAUCAAAAAGCGUUUCAGCGCCUUCCAGCCUGAAAGCGAUAAUGCAAAUGGGAAGAUCGAUUCUGUCGAUGUUGAAGUAUAUAACAUUGGUGCGAGUAGAUUCCAAACAGCUAAUUCCAAACAUUCUGAUAUCAAAGAUGAGAAUAGCUUAUCUGGUGACGCUUGGUGGAUCGGUGCAUAUGAAAUAGCAGCUAAACAAAUUGGGGGAAACGAAUAUACCUCGAAAAAUGGGUUCGAUAAAGAUGCAAAUGCAGAUAUUGGAUUGAGAAUGUUGACAGGUUUGGAAAGUAUGACUAAUGAGCCUAUCAAAGGCGACGAUGAAGGACUAUGGGACAUCCUAAAGAAAGGUAAAGAAUCUCCAAUCUGCGUCAAAAAGGGGAAACAAUGGUAUGGCGUUACAGAUAUCGAAGGUGAAUUGCAAGAUGGUAAUGCUAAGGUUACCCUAUACGAUACCAAGAAAGGUGAAUAUGAAUCCUGCGAUUUCGAUGAUCUCGAUAUCAAGUACUACUCUAAAUUGAAAGGGGAUGAAAAGGUCUGA